UCGGCUUAGAAAUAUUUAUCCAGAAUUUUUUGAUAAUUGGGAUCCAAGAAGUCCUGAGUUUGAAAUGGGAUUGAAAUAUAUCCGAUGCCCACCUCUUCCAAAGCUUACCAAAGACUUAAAUCGAAUCAAUUAUAUUGAUUUAACAGAUCAAUUUGAUGAUAAUUUUAAUUUAAUUUCGUAUGCCAAAGCAUAUAUAAUGGGACUUGAAACACGAAUUCCAUAUGAUCGAAAUACUGGAGAAAUUAUUGUUUAUGAUUGUUCAAGAGUUAAUAUGAAUAUUAUCAAAGGAUUGACUCCAACUUUGUUUAAAAAAGCUAUUGAUGUUUAUCUUAAAGGUUAUAGUCUUCGGGUUGCUGGAUUACAUUUUCUAUUUCCGCCUCCCGGUGGAAUUUUUCUUUUGGGUAUUGCAAAAACUUUAAUAAAACCAAAAUUAUUUGAACGUAUUCAUUUACAUGAUAGUUAUGAAUCAUUACAUAAAUUAGUUCCAAAAGAAUUGUUACCAAAAAAUGUGGGUGGAGAUUUACCUGACAUUCAAGUAAUUACAGAUGAGUGGUAUACAGUUAUGAAAAAAAAUCGUGAUAAUUUAAUAGAACUCUCGAAAACACGUACAGACGAAUCAAAACGAAUUAAAAACAUAAAUGAUGAUGAAUAUUUUGGAUCAAUGCAUGGAUCAUUUAAAAAAUUGGAUGUUGACUAAUAA